AUGUUCCAGCGAUGGAGGAUCCGCAGAUACGCCGCACUCGAGACUGGUCAGAAGUUGGUGGAUUUCGAGCAGUAUCCCCUGCUGGCACAAGAUGACGUCCCCUUUGGUGCCAGAGCCCUGGAGAGAGGAAUCGAGGUCGAAGGUAUCUGGGUCUCCAACAACAAUACUCCAAUCCAAACACCUUGUCAGCCCGGGACUCCCAGCACCAUCCGAAGAGGCACGUCUCUCAGAAGUCUCCCGUCCAACUCAGCCCUCAGGUCACCUUCGAUCCAACCGGUUAUUCCAGUGACACCACCAGCCCUCGAGAAUAUCGCGGUAUCUCGCGCAUCUCUGCCACCAUUCGCCCCGGUUCCAAUUCUCCCCGACGCAGACAUCUUCAAGGAACUCCACUACACCUAUGAGCCGCAACGUCCUGGAGGAGUGUACUCCCCUUUGACGACAUCCACAUUCCCAAGUUCACCAAGUAAAUUUAAUCGCCGCAGCAACAUCGCGACCUCCACCGACAGACGAGCCAGCUUCCACAAUCGAGUCUUCCGUGCAAGCCAGCUGUCCGAGACCAACAGUCGCGCCAGUCUCAACGACCUCGACGAGGCGCAGUUGGAAUCAGCUGGCAAUGACUCUAGUGCUUCCGCACCGGUCGAGCAGCAGGCUUCACGGAAGAACAGUACGGCUUCUUCGAAGGCGGUCGUCGGAGGAGUUCAGACACAGACUCAGGAGAUGGACGAGAGUGGGUUGCCCGGCCCCGGUGCGCCUACCCCUCUCUCCGCACUGGAGGGACUUGUGGGCUUAACAGCCAGAGAUAUCAAAUUGUUUGUGGAUGCUGGAUACCACACUAUAAAGGGCAUCUCUGAGCAAAAGGCGACUAAGGUCUUGGUCGAGGCUGCGAAACUCGUGCCUAUGGGGUUCACAACGGCCACUGAAAUGCAUGCUCGACGAAGUGAGCUUAUCUCAAUCACCACCGGAUCAAAGCGCCUCGACACCCUACUCGGAGGCGGUGUUGAAACGGGUUCAAUUACUGAAAUAUUCGGAGAAUUCAGAACGGGAAAGAGUCAAAUUUGUCACACGCUCGCUGUGACCUGCCAGCUUCCCUUCGACAUGGGCGGAGGUGAAGGGAAGUGUUUGUACAUCGACACCGAGGGAACCUUCCGACCCGUCCGUCUCCUAGCAGUCGCUCAGCGGUUCGGCCUCGUUGGAGAAGAAGUCCUCGACAACGUGGCAUACGCACGCGCGUACAACUCAGACCAUCAGCUGCAACUGCUCAACCAGGCAUCACAGAUGAUGUGCGAGACCCGAUUCUCGCUCCUCAUCGUCGACUCAGCAACCUCCCUCUACCGUACGGAUUUCAACGGUCGUGGUGAGCUCUCGUCACGACAGACGCAUCUGGCCAAGUUCAUGCGUACGCUACAGCGUCUCGCUGAUGAGUUUGGUAUCGCGGUUGUCAUCACCAAUCAGGUCGUUGCUCAGGUGGACGGUGGGCCGAGUGCGAUGUUCAAUCCUGAUCCAAAGAAGCCUAUUGGUGGUAAUAUCAUUGCUCACGCGAGUACCACUCGCCUCAGCUUGAAGAAGGGUCGUGGUGAGACUCGUAUUUGCAAAAUUUAUGACAGCCUUGUCUCCCUGAAAGCGAUUGACGGUAUCGGCGAUCCUAACGAGAAGGAUGUGGAGAAUGAGUAA